CUGUGUUGUGGCUAAGCUAGUUAACUCUUCUCUAGCUCCGUCCUCCUGAACUUUGGACCUCCGUCUCUGGGCUUUAAUGGCCGGCUUAGCCCUGAAGCUCUCCGCUCCCUGGCGUUUUGUCAAAUUAAGAAGCCUGGCAAGAUUCUCCAGCAUUCCCAGUCUGAAGUUCCACACCACAGCCUCUCCUCUGAUGAGUGCAACAGUAGAGCAGUUUGAGCAAGCCAAAGGCAGACUGUCGACACUGAAGAACGACCCGGGGAACGAGGUCAAACUGCAGAUCUACGCCCUCUUCAAACAGGCCACUCAGGGUCCCUGCAACACCCCCAAACCAGGCAUGCUCGACUUCGUCAACAAGGUCAAAUGGGACGCGUGGAAAUCCCUGGGCUCCAUAUCGCAGGAGGAUGCCAGGCAGAAGUACUGCGACCUGGUUGGCUCUCUGGUCACUGCAGAAGGUGGAAGCUCCGCCCAGGUGGCCGCACAGCCUGCUGCGAGCGGGUCAACGUACGAGACGCUGCUGGUCACCACGGAGGAUAAGAUCACCACCAUCAAACUGAACCGACCGGCCAAGAAAAACGCCAUCACCUCCGGGAUGUACGAUGAGAUCGUUGCAGCUCUGGCGCAGGCGGCUAAAGACGACUCAGUCAUCACCGUUAUAACUGGUGCUGGUGAUUACUACUGCAGCGGAAACGAUCUGAGUAACUUCACUAAGAUCCCCGAGGAGGGGGUGGAGCAGCUGGCCAAAAGUUCAGGAGAGCUGCUCAGGAGGUACGUGAGUGCCUACAUCGACUUCCCGAAGCCGCUGGUCGCCGUGGUGAACGGACCGGCUGUAGGAAUCUCAGUCACGGUGUUGGGACUGUUUGACCUGGUCUACGCGUCAGAGAGGGCCACCUUCCACACUCCGUUCAGUCAGCUGGGUCAGAGUGCUGAGGGCUGCUCGUCCUACACCUUCCCCAAGAUCAUGGGCCACGCAAAGGCCACUGAGAUGCUGCUGUUCAACAAGAAGCUGACGGCGGCUCAGGCGUCUGAGCUCGGUCUGGUCACCGAGGUUUUCCCUGAAAGCAGCUUCCAGUCUGAGGUUUGGACCCGACUGAAGAGCUACGCCAAGCUGCCUCCCAAGUCCCUCGCCUACUCCAAACAGCUGAUCCGGUCGACAGAUAAAGAGCGUCUGCACGCGGUGAACGAUGCAGAGGUGGAGCGUCUGAUGGAGCGCUGGCUCUCAGACGAGUGCAUGAACGCCAUCAUGACCUUCUUCCAGGCCAAGGCCAAACUCUGAGAGAGACGUGUGUGAGUGUGUGUGACAGAGAGAGAUAGAGUGUUUCUGACAUAAUCAGGUGAAGAUAAAUAAUAACUUUAAAAUGUCGUGAACUGACAUAGAGACGGAACUCAAACACAACUUUAAUUAAUCUGUACAAUAGACUGUAAUUAAGAACUGGAGCCAGUGAAGAAGAGCCUUAAACCUGCAGUAUUUCUUCUGACCAGCAGGGGGUCUGAUUGUAUAGAAGUCUAGGUACAAUUUUACUAAUCAUUUUAUUUGAUCUCUAGUUUCAAGUCUUUUUUCAACACAGAUUGAUUUAGAGUCAAAGAGACCAGAAAGAGGGGGCGGGGUUAGGUGUGGGGCUUCCUCUGAUUGACAGGUGGCUUACAUGGGAAACUAAAUGUUUAGUUCAGGGUUAGGUUGAUCCACAAGAA